CUGUUUUCUGGUUUCAGUUUCAGUCACCUGUGACUGUUCAAGCGCUUCGGACGUCGUCGGUGGAUACUCCGGGAAAUUCCGGAAAAAGCGAGGGAAAUUCGCAGAGAGAGUUCUUUCGUCGCAUUGUACGUGUGUGUGUGUGCUUGUGUGUAUCUGUACAAAGCCAAAUAAACCAAAAUUUUAAAACCACGCGCUAACUGAACUAAAUACAAAAAAAAAAAAUCGACUCCGGAAAAGUAAAAAAAAAAACGGAUAUAAAGAAAUUUCAAGCGUUUGGCAUUUUGUCAACCAGUAAAGGGCCAAGCGAGAAACGAGAAAAAAAAUAAUAAAACAGGGAAGAGUGGUGCACAAGUGGCUGCAACAAAAGGCUGCUCCCGAACCACCGAACCUGCGACCUCUGACCCAACCCAAAAAAAAAAAACAAACGAAAAUCUCCCUGGCCGGAAAACGCUUGUUUCGACACGCAAGAGAAAGAGACGGAGAAGUAGCAGCCGGGCCGGGCUAGUGACAAGAAACAACAGCAACAACAACAAAACAAACAGCUCUAUGCCGGCACCAAGAUGAGACCUGGCCGAACGACAAGAACAACGCCAGCAGCGACCACGCCCCAGCUCCUGCUCCUGCUACUCCCACUAAUCCUGGCCACCUGGAUUAGUCCCGCCCACGGCCAGUGUCCCUGGCAGAGGGAUGUGCCCGAUUUACAGACGAGCUGCAUCUGCGCCUACAACCUGGGCCGUGAGUUAUCCGUGCAAUGUGAUCAGGUGGAUUUCCAACAACUUCUGGAGGCCAUGAACAGCCAUGCUCGCCUCAAGCCCGUGGAUCUGCUCUACGUGAACAACUCAUCCAUCUCGGAGCUGCCCGAGGGAAUUUUCAGCAACCUGAGUCUUCACAAUGUCCAGCUCUCGAGCUGUGGCAUCCAGAGGAUAGAUGCUGGGGCCUUCAAGGGCCAGGAGUCGGUGCUGAGGAAUCUAAAUCUGCAGGAUAAUCUGCUCGCCGAUGUGCCGGUGGAGGCACUCAAAGUGCUGGGCAAGCUGAAUCUGCUGGAUCUGUCCAAGAACCAGCUGAGUCAAAUACCCGACGAUGCCUUCACUGGGCUGACCAAGCUCUCCACCCUCAAGCUGAACGACAACAAUGUGACCCUGGCAGCUGGCGCUUUCCGGGGCUUGGAGCAGAGCCUGAAGAACCUGAAUCUCAAAGGAACCAAACAGCGCCGCGUACCGGAAUCCAUUCGAGGCUUGAAGAGCCUGGCUUUCCUCGAUCUCUCCCAGAACGGCAUCAAGGAGCUGCCGGGCGCUGGUGGAAUUCGGGUGUUCGAUGGCUUAGAUGCCUUGACGGCCCUCAACUUGGAGAGGAAUCUCAUCCAGAGUAUUGGCGAAACGGCAUUCGCUGGCGUUCGAAAGACUCUUAGUUCGCUUAGUUUGCUGAACAACCUGCUCGCCGAGUUCCCCAUCGGAGCCGUCCACUCGCUGAAGGAGCUUCGGGUCCUGGACAUUGGUUUCAAUCUGCUGACCACUCUGCCGGAGGCAGCAUUCCGCGGCAACCCGGGCAUCACUCUCCUGGCCCUCGAUGGCAACCCCUUGAGCAGUGUGCCCGAGGGCGCCUUCACCCACCUUAAUGCCACGCUGCGAGGUCUGUCCCUGGGAGGCAGGUUCCUCCACUGCGACUGCAAGCUGCGAUGGGUGGCCGAGUGGAUUCGAAAUGGAGACCUGCAGGUAACAUCGCGGGAACGGAACCCACAAUUCUGUGGCACUCCACCCCGCUUCCGGGACCGUGGCUUCUAUUCGAUUCAGCCCGAGGAGCUGAGCUGUCCGGACAUCGCCGAUGCGGCCCUUCGUGGUCCCGUCGGCCUGGCCGAUAACCUGAAGCCCACGCUAUCGGCCUCCCCCGACUCUGUGGAAUAUGAAACGGGCACUGGUACGGAUGCGGGAACUGGAACAAGCACUGCCACAGGUACUGGCACAGCCGCCUCCUCACCCGUUGGCAGCAGUGUGAGCAGCCCCUCCUCGACUUCAACAACGACACCCACAACGACAACCACAACCACCACGCCGGAGCCAACAACGAAGCGCAGCACGACUCGACCUCCCACCAAAGCUGCAACAACUGCAUCGGCUACCACCGCCUCGCCAGCAUCGAAUCUUUCGGUUAAUGGAACUGGAACAGUCCAUGCCACUUCCAUCACCACGAGCAGCAGCUCCUCCUCUUCCUCCUCCUCUUCUGCGGGCCAUGGAAAUGGCAAGCAGGCACCGGGAUGGCGUCAAGGAGUGACCAAUGGAAAUACCAACGGGGCUGGAGGCUCGGGUCUCCACAAGCCGCAAAGGCCGCCACUCGUCCUGGGAUAUCCGCCGCAGAGGGGAACUCGAAUCGACGAUGCCAACGAGGUGCAGGUGAAGCACGCCUUCCGACAGGAUAGUUCCGUAAUCAUCCAAUGGGAUUCCGACACCGCCAACAUCCUGGGCUUCCGUGUGGUCUACCGACUGUUCGGCGAGAAAGCCUUUAAACAGGGACCCCCAUUGGAGGCCAGCGAGCGGGAGUUCAAGAUCAAGAAUGUCCCGGCCCAGGAGUGCAUCAUUGUGUGUGUUAUAUCGUUGGAGGAGCUGCAUGUGACCCCAGAGACAGUGCCGUAUCAGCAGUGCCGCGAAGUGAGGACAGUGGCCUCCCAGGCCUCCAACAUGGACAAGAUAACGAUUGCGGCCAGUGCCGCCAUUUGUGGCACCAUCAUUGUGGCCGUGAUUGUCUUCAUUGCUGCCAGCAGGCGCUCCCGCAAACUGCAGAACAACCAGCAGAAGAGUCCGCUGCCAAUUGGAGGUCUGCCCGUUAAUUGCUGCGGUCCGACCGGUUCACCCGGACCACUUGGCUCCAUUGCAACGCUAUCGGCCUUUAACAAUCACAAGGAAUGGGAUCAAGUGUCGGCCUACAGUGGUCGCUCCAUACCGCGUCCUCGCAUUUAUCCCGUCGACCAGCCGGACGACAUGCGUAGCCACUUCUCCGGAAUGCCCGGCAAGGUGGGCAAGUCAAGAUCCUUGGCGGAUGGACAGUCGCAGCACAGUUUCUCGAAUAAUUCGCAUAGAGGCUACCUGAACAGCGCCUUCCCCUCGAAUCUGGUUAACUCCCGACCGGAAUUGCGACAAUCCCGGCAAUCCCUGGCCGCCGCCUCGGAGCGCAUGUCCCGGGCCUCGUACGCCGGAUCCAUACACGGCGGCGGUGGCGGUGGUGGCAACGGCGUCAAUGGCGGAGUGGCCGGCGGUCUGCCCGUCACCAGCCUAAUGGCCAUGAGCGGAAUGGUGGGUGGCGGUGGCCCGGCCAGUAUCGCCUCCAGUGCCAGAAGAUCGCGUCCCCGUUCCAGAUCACGCGAUCAACUGAACACCACGCACAUACAUAACCAUCGACCGGGAAGUCGAUACUCGCAGGCGGGAUCGACGCACACCUUGAACAACUACUGCGACACAUCGGACAACUGGACGGAUCACGACAUGGACAUCUAUAUGGCCCGCAAUCCGACGACGCGGAACGGUUUAGUGCCAUUAUGAGGGCGGCUCAGCUUAUCCUGAUAUUUCAAUGUUGUAUUAAACUGGGAUGGCAUUUUCUGACAAUAUCUGACGCCGGCUAUUGAGGCGGGGAAUGGCCGGUGUCAGCAGCAACAACAGCAGCAGCAACAUUUGAGGAAUGAGCGACAUCAACAACAACGACAUAGAAACAAUCAGCAAUUGGAGCAGCCAUAUCAGUCAGCACAGCAACAGCAACAGCAGCAACAGCAACAGCAGCAGCAGCAACAUCAACAACGAUUACACUACUAUAUGCCACUGACAGAACGUUGCACCUCACCCCCUGAUGUGGUGCCUCGAGCAGCCAAUUUCCAUAAUAGCAACAGCAAUAAUAGCAACAAAAUAGGCAACAACAGCAACAGCAACACCAGCAAUCUGCAACAGUUGCCGCUGGCUACGCUGACAGAAGCUAUGGUAGAUGCAACACCCGACACUGCAGCGAGUGGCAUUGUUGUUGAGAACUAUUUUAACGAAUAUGAACGUCAGGAAAUCAUUUAUCAUCAUCCCACAAAAGUAGCAACAGCAACAACUGCAGAAGUAGCAGCAGCAGCAGCAGCAGCAGCAACAGAAGCAGCAACAUCAGCGACAGCAAUAGCACGCCAACAGCAACUACCCCGCAGCAAUGCCUUCCGUUUACAGUUACCCGCAAUGGCAACAGCAACAGCAACAGCAACGACUAACAAUAUUUUAUAUAAUAAUAAUCUUAAUCAUGAUGCAACCAAUUAUAAGACGCAUACAUUUAGUGAUAGCUGUAAUUGUACAUGUAAUUGUAGUCUAAGCCAGGAGGAGGAUGGUAUGGAGGAGAAGGUGAUGGCCACUGUGACAACAGAGGCGGCAGUAGAACUAGAGGAGGACGAUGGCAGCUCAUCCUUGGCGGCCAGCACUUCGGUGUCAAGCAUAGAGCAAGUAAGACAGAAGGAGGAGGAGCAGCAGCAGCAGGAUGUGUCCUUGUCGCUGAACUUGACAUUGGCUGACACUGAGACACCACCAGAGGCAGCAGACCCAUCUGGAGACAGGGCCUUGAGACCAAGCCUUGAGUGCCGCCCAUCCUCUUGAAUCUUAAAUCCAAAAUGCCGCUGCCGUUGUCACUCCCGGCGGCCUCUCACAAUUUGCAUAAUGCAUAACAAUUGCGAUAAAAUGCAAAAACACCUUAAAGUAUAACCGAGAAAGAAUAGAUAUUUUUGUAUGCUGUUUAGAGUGCAAUAAUACCCCCCCACACACAUCCGCUAGUUCUUCUUGCAAUUAGUUGAGCAAUCAAAGAACUACAACCUUAAGUCAAUACGGUACUAAUUAAACACAAUAGCUAUUAAAUCGGAUUAACAAAUGCUUAGAGUGUAAGGAAUCAAGGGUCGUUCUUAUGCUGGGAUAGACAGGCAUAGAAGUCGCUGGAAUAGCACAAAACACAAGCAAUAUGUAAAUAAUUUAGAACAAAUACCAAUUGUAAUGUAGUUUACUCAAAAUCACUCCCACUCCCACUUUCAAUUUUAAUUAUCAUUUCUAGCUCGAUUUAAAGUUGUUUAAAUAAUCAUUUUAGAGAAGAUUCCCCCCGUUAACACUUUCUAGUCCACAGUUUGAACCAAACUUUCUUAUUUGAUUUAUGAUUCUGAGUUUGUCUAUCCCAGUCUUGAAUCGAUUCAACCAAACCAUUCUACUGCCCAAACAGUUUUAUUUUUAAUUUUUAAUAUUGAAGUCAGUUUCAUUUCGUUUUUUGUACAGAAGCUUCAAUUGAAACCAACCUUUGCGUGCUAAGUUCUAUUCUAACUCUUAUGAUUUCCUUAUUCUUUAGAACGAUUUUUAAUAAAAUUUACAUUUUAAAAUUGAAACAGUUUUUAGUUUUUUUAUUUAUUAUUUUUGGCCUGCUUGUCUCAGACAGGUAUAUCUUGUAUAUCUUUGUAUAUAGAAAUAAUUAGGCUUAAGCGUUUCAAACGAUUUCCGUUUUUAGCCUUAUCAUUAUCAUUAUUGUUGGAGGGACGAGUCCGGAUAAACAAUCCGGAGGAGUCCGAGCGAAACACAGUUGACAGUUAACAAUAUUUAGUGCCCGUGGGCAGGAGCUGGCCCCAUCCCGGGCCAGUUUCACAACAACGCCCAUGUGAGGCACUAAAUACUUAGAGAUGUAAGCAAAUAUCCAUAUAUUAUAUUCUAAACGUUAUUCCUAAGAACUAAAUAUAUAGUUAUAGACAAGGCUUUGAGCAUUAGAGAAGUAAGCACAAUUUAGGUGGAAAACGGGAGCAAUUAUUUAGAAGAAGAACCACAGAACAAAUAUAUUCCAAUAAAACUUAGGCAAUAAAUUCCAAAUGAAAUGUUUCAAGACAAGUAGAAAAAUCAAUAUCCCAAAACUAGUGGGUAAAAAAAUUAAAUCAAUUUUAGUGUUUAAACAAUUAAAAUUUAAUUAAACUGCCUUAGCACAGGGAGGAGGAACGAAGCACUUGCUUGAAUUUAGUUUAGCGGCACUUAAAGAACACCAACCACAAACGAGGAAUAUUUUAAUAAGUAACACCAACACUAAAACUGCCAAAUAAUGUAGAUUAUCGCUGACUUGGAUCGAAUAUCAUUAUAAAACCCAAACGAAGACACCAACACGAUUUUGAAGAAGAGAACACCACCAAGCCCCCACUGUUGGGCUUACUGAGGAGCGUCCCAUUAUAAAUGUGCGUUAUAUUGUUACUUGUAAAUCGAAUUCAAAUGUUAACUUUGCGGCUUCACAGAUUAGCAAACUAAAUUUACUAGACUAUUUACGGAAAGUUUCGUUUUUCGGAUUUUAGAUUCGUACGCAUCGAGUUCCAAAUAAAGCAUAUUUUUGUUACGA